GGUUUGGAGGCUGGAACAGACUUGCGUAAAUCAUUGAGCAACCUCUUUCCCUGCGAAACCCUGAGCUCUCUCCCUCUCUCUGUGUAUAAUAGUGUUUCAGUCUCCUGUUUCUACUUCUGUUUGGCGGUUCAGGGUAAUGAAGAUAAAAUGCAUCUAAUAACCCAAAGCUGUGUCCUUUUUUUGUGGAUGCACUCGCUGACCUUCGUGAAAGGUCAAGAGUGUACACUCAGACAGUUUUUAAAUAGCCCCCUGUAUGAUCCAAAUUUUGACACAAGUGGUCUGGCAGCCACAUACAAUGGUGGAAAACAAGUCAGAGUGGGCUGCAAUGUUGGCUUCAGUGGCUUUUUCAAACUGAUCUGUACCGAGGGAAACUGGGAGUCCAAAGGCACAAGAUGUAAUCCAAAACCAUGUGGUCAUCCCGGUGAUUCCCAGAAUGCAGAUUUUCAACUGGAAAAGGGAGAGGAUUUUGUCUUUGGGUCACAGGUGAAAUACACCUGCCACAAAGGUUAUCAAAUGGUCAGUCGCACAAACUACCGGCGUUGCAUGGCUGAAGGCUGGGAUGGUAAUAUUCCUGUAUGUGAAGCACAACAGUGUCCAAUAAUCAACGUGGACAAUAAUGUCCAAGUGAAUGGGGACAUUGAGGAAGCAACCUUUGGCAAUGUAGUCCGAUUCAGCUGCAAGUCCAGCUCUGAAGUGCUGUCUGGGUCAACAGAGAUGUAUUGUGAUGAAAAUGGAGAUUGGGUGGGCGAAUCUCCAAAAUGCAAAGAGAUAAUAUGUACAGCACCCGAGAUUGAAAAUGGUGAUGUGCUUGGACAAAUCCAAGAGUACAAAGAAAAUCAAGUCCUGGAGUUUCAGUGUAAACCCUCAUUUAGACGCGCUGAAGCCAGAUCUUCAAAAUGCACAAAGCAAGGAGUAAGAGCAGAAUGGAGCCCCACACCUCUGUGUGAACCAAUAACAUGUAAACUACAACUGCCAGUGCUGAAAGGAACCAGCUAUGAACCUGCUUAUAGAAACACGUUUCCACCUGGUGACCAAGUGACAGUAACUUGUGAAGACAAGUACUGGAUUUUUGGGUAUCAACCGACCUCAGUCGUAACUACAUGCAAAGAGGACGGAGAGUGGACUAUCAGACCUCUAUGCCAAGAGGUUACGUGCAGCAAACAAGGAGUCCCACAUGUGUCUUUAUGGGAUCGUUGGCAGCAAACAUUCAAAUCUGGAGAGACGGAACGUUACGGGUGUGAGACAGGCUACAGGAGGAAAGGUGGCGCCAGCAGGGCCACAUGCACCCGAUAUGGAUGGCAACCAAAUCCACUUUGUGAAGAGAUAAUAUGUACAGCACCCGAGAUUGAAAAUGGUGAUGUGCUUGGACAAAUCCAAGAGUACAAAGAAAAUCAAGUCCUGGAGUUUCAGUGUAAACCCUCAUUUAGACGCGCUGAAGCCAGAUCUUCAAAAUGCACAGAGCGAGGAGUAAGAGCAGAAUGGAGCCCCACACCUCUGUGUGAACCAAUAACAUGUAAACUACAACUGCCAGGGCUGAAAGGAACCAGCUAUGAACCUGCUUCUAGAAACACGUUUCUACCUGGUGACCAAGUGACAGUAAAUUGUGGAGACAAGUACUGGAUUUCUAGGCAUCAACAGGCCUCAGUAGUAACUACAUGCACAGAGGACGGAGAUUGGACUAUAAGACCUCUAUGCCAAGAGGUUACGUGCAGCACACAAGGAGUCCCACAUGUGUCUUUAUGGGACAGUCGUCGGCAGAAAAUAUUCAAAUCGGGUGAGACGACACUUUACGGGUGUGAGACAGGCUACAGGAGGAAAGAUGGCGCCAGCAGUGCCACAUGCACCCGAGAUGGAUGGCAACCAAAUCCACUUUGUGAAGAAAAACACUGCAAGAAACCUCACAUCGACGGUGCAAACUUUAUCGCAUGUUCAAACGUUGAAGUCCCACAUGGAUUUGUAGUCAGGAACAACGACACCCUGUACUACACGUGUGAAGCAGGAUAUAAGCUUCCAACCAAAGGCUGGUGGGCUGAGGCCAAGUGCAAUGACAGUGUGCCGUCCGAACUUAAACCAUGCAUCGAGAAUACAAAGUGUGGAGAUCUUCCUGUUAUUCCUAAUGGGGAAGUGACAGUUGCACGCAGAGGGGAAAGCGCCCAGGUUAAGUGUAAAGAAGGAUACCGCAGUGAGGUGUUGCGCUUUAGUUGUCGUGAUGGAGUACCACUGAAAAUAAUCUGUAAACCUACUGCCAUUCCCUGCAGUCCUCCACGUAAAGUACAGAAUGCAGUUGUCGAUGCUCCAUAUCAGAAAGAAUACUUAUCUGAAUCUGAAGUUACUUACAAGUGCCGUGAAAGCUAUACAGCGGAGGGAGAAACCACGAUUCGAUGCAGUGCAGGGCAAUGGGGGGAAACGAACAUAAUGUGCACACCCUUGUGCAAUCCCACUGACCCUCGGUACUCCCCGAGGACUUCUCAGUUAGACUUUGUCACUGCACGGCUGCUCCUCAAAAUGCAAUUGUCUGUAAUCCUCUUGCUUCUUCAACUGUGGGGGAGUGUGGAGGUUACCUUAUCACAGAAUGCAUGUCCAAAGGUCCCACAUAUUCCUAAUGCCCAUGUGGUUGACGAGACCAAAAAAGCUGAGUACCAACUAGGAGACGUGAUACAUUUCGCUUGUGAAACUGGUUAUAUAUCAGGUCCAACCAUCAGAUACGCAUGUACAAGCGAAGGGUGGCUUGCACUCCGUAAAGGAAGGUGCUACUUAAAGCCAUGUGAACUCCCUGACGACACUCCCAAUGGCUUUUAUCAAAUCAUCCACGGGGAAGAGCUUGUUUUUGGAACAAAAAUUAAAUACUUUUGUAAUGAAGGGUAUCAGAUGGUGAGUAAGGAUGACACCAGGACUUGUUUCCUGGACAAUUGGACCAAUCACUUGCCAAUAUGUGAACCUUUGAGCUGUGAACUCCCGCCUGCAAAUGAAGGGUUAAUGGUAAAAGGUAUUCCAGAAAAUGAUGACCCCAUACUUCCUGACCGCUUCCUCGAAUUCAGAUGUGACGGUCCUUGGAAAAAUCUGAAUGGAAGCUCAAUGCUGAUAUGUCUUAAAGAUGGACAGUGGGACAAUGCAUUCCCAACUUGUGAAGACAUCACCUGCAAAGUUGAAGAGUUGUCCCUUCAUCUCACUGUAGCUGGACUACCUACAGCAAAUAAAACAGUAAAGGUUGGACGUAAAUUACAAUUUCAUUGCGAGGAUGAAUAUGGAUUGGAUGGCUCUGAAGAAAUUACAUGUUUAGAAAAUGGCCAAUGGAAUGCCCCAUUUCCUACUUGUGCUGAGAAAUGCAAAGUCACGGGUGUAUCUGACACUGUACGCUACGUCACAGAACGACAAGUCAAAAGGUUGAUGUUUCGUUGCCACAAAAAUGGAGACACUCUUUUGGGGAAUGCAGAAGUGAGAUGCUUAGCAAACGGACAGUGGAGUGCUCCCUUCCCAACAUGCGGAGCUCCUUCGGGUUGUGGAAAACCAACACCCCUUGAAAAUGGAGACAUUGAGGGAACUGUUGGACACGAGUACGGGCAAGGAGCCAAGGUUAAAUACUUAUGUCAGAAUUACUACAUAAUGCAGGGUGAUCCUCACAAAACCUGCACCAAUGGUGAAUGGAUUGGACAGAUGAGAUGCCUCAAACCCUGCACUGUGAAUCGCCAAGACAUGACUACACAUAAUAUUGGCUUGAGACAUGUUGCAAACAAUAAAAUGUAUUCAGAACAUGAUGAUAUAAUCGGGUUCAGGUGUACCAGGGGAAGACAUGACGGCGCAUUGGACAUGCGUCAGAAAUGUAAUGAUGGUGUAAUGCUCCUUCCUACUUGCCGAAUUCUGCUCUCAAACAAUAUUACUCAGAGGAACAUGCUGCUGUCUGUAAUCCUUCUGCUUUUCCAACUGUGGGGGAAUGUGGACGUUUCCUCAUCACAGAACGCUUCUUUGGGUUGUGGGACACUACCACCCCUUGCAGAUGGAGACAUUGAGGUUCUAUACCAGUACAGGAACGGAGACAGGGUUAAAUACAUCUGUCAGAAUCACUACAUCAUGGAGGGAGAGCCCUACAAAACCUGCAUCAAUGGUGAAUGGAUUGGACAGAUGAGAUGCCUCACUUCUUCGGGUUGUGGAAAACCAACACCCCUUGAAAAUGGAGACAUUGAGGGAACUGUUGGACACGAGUACAGGAACGGAGCCAAGGUUAAAUACAUCUGUCAGAAUUACUACAAAAUGCAGGGUGGUCCUCACAAAACCUGCACCAAUGGUGAAUGGAUUGGACAGAUGAGAUGCCUCAAACCCUGCACUGUGAAUCGCCAAGACAUGACUACACAUAAUAUUGGCUUCAGACAUAGUGCAGACAAUAAAUUGUAUUUAGAACAUGAUGAUAUAGUCGGGUUCAGGUGUACCAGGGGAAGACAUGACGGCGCAUUGAACAUGCGUCAGAAAUGUAAUGAUGGUGUAAUGCUCCUUCCUACUUGCCACUAAAGCUUUUUAGUCAACUGGAUGUGAUGACCAUGAACUAGCUGGACAAACAUGUACAUGAUUAACCAAAGUAAAGAGUUCGACCAGUUCUUUCCUAAUCAAGUGUGUGUAACCCAGUGCUCUGUGUGGUCAUUCUAAUAAAACAAAUAUGUUGACUUGG